UAGAAAAACGUGAAAAACUGAAAAAAUAUUCUCUUGAUUAUUUUUCCUUAAAAGACUAUGGCUGGUGGAGAUAAGAAGAAAAAGAAACGCUCAGAAAGAAGUAGGUCGCGUUCUCCAAGAAGAAGAGACAGAUCACGUUCACCAAGGCGAAGGAAAAGAAGAGAUUCUUCAGCAUCGACUUCAUCGUCUUUGUCAGAAGAUGAGAGACGAAGAGAAAARGGUUACCAAAAGAACAGUGGGAAAAUACCCAAAGAUAAAAAGAAGGAGAAGGAAUACUAUAAAGCUCAUGAGACGCCAGAAGAAAAACGAGCUAGGAGACUUGCAAAGAAGGAAGCAAAGGAAAGAAAAAGAAGAAAAGAAAUGGGUUGGAAUGAUGAAUAUGAAGGAUAUACCAAUACUGACAAUCCCUUUGGAGAUGCACAUCUACUGGAAACAUUUGUGUGGCAUAAGAAAAGAGAGAAGCAAGGAGAGACUCAUUUGACUGAGGAAGAAAAGAGAUUUACUGACAAGAAAAGACAGAUGGACACAAGGAAACAAUUGGAAAGAGUAAGAGAAAGAAGAACUGAGAGGGAACGUGAAAUGAUGCUUCGUGAAGAGGAAAAGGAAAGAAUGCAAAGAGAAAAAGAAUCAGAAUAUUACAGUGAAUGGGAAAAACAAGAAGAUAAGUUCCAUCUGAAUCAAGCAAAGCUACGGUCAAAGAUAAGAAUUCAGGACAGGAGAGCAAAACCUAUUGACUUAUUGGCUCAGUAUAUCAGUGCUGAGGAAGAAGAUUUAGAUAUAAAGAUGCAUGAACCAUAUACAAUCCUUGUGGUAGGUUUAUUAUUUAACAAUUAUUCGCCAAAGGCGAGGUGAAUAUUGGGCCAGGAAUAUUUUACUGAGACAAGAGUCUUCGAGAGGUGAGGUAAAUUUAUGCUCCAACAACCCUAAAUUUAAACUUGGAUUUUUGGACUAGCCUAAACAUACACAUGAUUUGAACAAAUUUAUAAGAAACAUGAUCAUGUAUAUGGUUAAAUGAACAAAACAGAAUGUACCUUAACUUCAGGAUCAAUA